UCAGACUCUCAGUGUGCUGCCAUAACUGACCGAGGAGGGUCUGUGCUCUGUUUCAGUGACGAGUGUUUCACUCCCGCGCAACUAUUGAGUGAAAAUUUGUGUUCAAAUUAUAUGAACGAUUCAGCUUUGUGAUACAGAGUUGUUGAGGAAACUUUGGUGUUACACCUGUGGGACGCGAGAUGUACUAUCGUGGACAAAAGUUCGCUCCCUCUAAAACUGAAGCAGUAUCGACCCCAAAUGAAACAAAACUGCACACCCGCACACAGUCAAGGAAAGUUAGUGUGACGGGUGGUGAACUCCUUAAUACACACACCCGCUGUUGAAGUGUCAAGAUGAGGUGGAAGUGGUGGUGGAUGGCAGUGGCAAUAGUCAGCCUGCUGACUGUGCCAUCAUCAACGUCAGCUAACGAGAGUUUAAAUGCCUUAGCCCUAGAGAGGGAGGUACUGGACUUGCUGACUCCUCUCAUUGGUGAUAUUGGCAUGGCUCUGCAGGGCUUUAUUGACAUUGGAAAGAUUGGCAUGGGGGUGGCCAAGUUCAUCGGCCUCAUUAGUGAACAAGUUUUUAAUGCUUCUGAAUUAGAAAUGAAUUUUGGCUCCUAUAUCCCUUCAGCAGAUCGAAAGAUACUUGCUAUGUUUGAGCUGCUCUCACGCCGCCUUGACCAGAUAGAGCAUGGGGUUCAUGGAAUUGCAAAUUCUCUAAGAGACUUGGCUGAUGGGAUGCAAGAAAUGGUCCGCUGGGAGAUUGCCCUCAACACAGUGGAGGAAUAUGCCAGGCCUAUCAACACACUCUACAAGCGAUUCCUUCUUUAUCAACAUCUCAAAGAUAAGGUGGAGGACCACACAUUAAUGGACUUUGCCAACACAGUAGUGUCUCAUGACACUCACUCUGUUAUGUCCUUGAUGGCUCAUCUCCACAGUAUGGCUGCACCUGAAUCAGCGGACCACACUACUUCUUCCUUACACUCAGGCUCUCGGUCUUAUACAGUCCUGAAUGAUCCCAAGGAUAUGUACAAGGUCUCCGAGAGAGUGACACGCAAAAUGAUUCUUCAGGAAAAAAUGUUGAGGGAUAGUAAAGGAUUGCCAAAUAAACCUGAGAGUAUCUUCCUUAGACCAAGCUUAUUUGUCAUGCUCCAUGACGUUCUAGAAAAGUCUGAUCGGUGUUCACUUAAUCAGUCCCCCCAGCAGCUGAUAAAUGGUCUCUUUGUGCUACUCUCACUCACUGAAGCUCGGGGAUAUGCAAUGUUGGAAUUUUCUUGGAUGCUUCUCAGAGUUUAUAAUGAAGGUAAUUUUACAGUGGAGCAAGAAGUAUCAGAAAGACUGUUUCUACAAUAUUCAGAAGACAUAAUGAGAGAGGCCAAGGCAGUGCUGCUCCAUGAAUCACGGGAGUUCUACAAGUGUGAUCCACGGGAGCAUGUUGAGGGUGAAACAUAUGUACAGAUAACAGAACUUAUGCAGGGUUAUAUUGAGAAUGAAGUGGAUAUGAAUUCAGGAGGGUCUUGUUCCAACAACUGUGGGUACUACCAGCACACCAAGAAUGAAGGGUGCUACAUGCCUCAAUCCCAGUACUGUGGUCAGCAUCGUCGCUGCAGGGGCACCAUACAUGACUGUCAAUUUUAUGAUGCAGAUGCUUGGGCAUGUUUGUCUAGAAAUCCUUACCGUCGGUAUGACUAUGUCAGAUAUGAGAAUCGUCAUUUACUGGGACCUACUCAACAGUGUGAAGGAAGUGAAAUGAAAAUUGAUUCAUGGUGGAGAUUUUUUUUCCACUGUUCCUAUUGCCUUUGUCUUUGUGAUGAUGGUGAAUCUCCCACAACUGACCGCUACAUCAGCCUGGUUCCUGCCCUCAGUGACACACGCAACAACAAGGUAGUGACAGGAAUUCAGUUUAUCAAGCAGAGAAGAGUGAUUCAUCUUCAGGUACGUCAAGGUCAAGCUCUUCCCCAAGGGCAGGUCAACAGUUCAACAGUAGAGUGGGUUGAUGUGGAGCCUAUCAGCAUUAUCAGCACUGCUUAUAUAGAGGGAAUACAUUACAAGAAAUUAUCAUUUGAGAAUCGUAGCAUUGACUUAGACCGCCUGGUGUCAGUUGGGGAUCAUGUUGUUACUGGAGUCCGUUUCCGGAUGCUUGGCUCUCAUAUCAAUCUUGAGGUACAAAUUACUCCUGUGAACUACACAACAGGUCAACUGCAGCCUUACAAGAGCUACUGGAUCAGUAAUGACAAUACACCGGCAAUGGCUAGAAACCCAAGGAGAGAAUUGAAGAUAAACUCUCCUGAUGACCCAACUAAAUUCCCAGGGCUUUCUAAGGUGGAUUCAGUGUCAGACACUUUUGUACGUUUUGGACCCACAGACAGGGGGAAGGAUGUUGCUCAGCUGACUGUGCCUUUCUUUGAUGCACAGACUGUGUCCCCUUCUCCCAGCUCUUGGUGGUCUGGUUUGGAGCUGUUUCACAAAGGUCAGCCUGGUUCUGGAGGCUUUUUGGGACUCAAGAUCAUUAGCUUUAACAUGACACCCCACAUGGAAGUUAAAGAUAAUAGGUCCAAAACCUUAGACCUGCCUGUUAUACCUGCUGAGUAGUCACUUGUUUUCUCUUUGUCUCAGCAGCUGCAGUGUAAAUGAGAAUUUCUAAGUACCGUAUCAUAGGGCACUAUGCUUUCUAAAGGAAAUUAGAGUUACAACUCAUUAACUGCUUUAUGUUGUAUGCAUGAAACCAACAGGAGUGGAUGAAUUGUUAAGUGUUAUUAACAGUGUACUUGUCUUGGUAUGUAUACAGUACAGUACAGUAUAUAUGAAGUGGCUUGGGUAUCUUGCAAGAAGAAAAAGAAGCAGUUGAUUAAGGAAAUCCACCACUGGUUUUUACAAGAAAUGAAAUUAGGAAGUUGUACAGUACAGUACGGUACUCAGUAGACAGUAGAGAUGGAAUAUUUAAUAUUAUUAAAUCAUAAUGAAGAGUUCAUCCAGCAAAGGACUGUUACAGGCUAAUGAUAAAGAUAUACUGUACAGUAUAGACCUGCAGUAUGGAGUACUGUACAGUACAUACAGUAUGUAAAUAUGAUAAGCAUACCAUUUUUUUUUCUUUAAAUGAUGUCAUAAUUUUGUGUGUUCUCAUAUAUACUAUUAGCUUUAAUUUUGCUGUGUAUGUAUAAGCAGUUUGUUGUUACUGUACAGGGGGUCUCCGUUAUAAGUGUAUUAUUCGUGGAUUCACAGUUACAAGGCUAAAUUAUUUAGAAUUACUGCAUAUGUAAAAAUUCCCCGAAUUUACCUAGGAUUCCAUGGAUGAAAUCCGUCAGUCGGGAGCAUAAGCGUUUAAAAUUCCCACUCGCUUCCCAUUCUCUCAAAGUUCAUUGGAGAGGAUGAAACAUCAUGGCAUUUAGACAUCAGCCAUACAUGUCUCUUGAGUCAGCUUGGUGACUGCCUGGAUGAACUGUGUCGCAUGUAUACUUUUACUUACUUUUUACUUUUAUCCUCUCCACCACUGAUUGGCUCUUUUGCUGCUUGGGCGAUUGGUCACGUCUCUGUUAUGCACUGUUGGCAAGUACUGGACAUGCAUUGGCUCCUGAAUGUAUCUGAACCUGCUCCAGUGCUGGUCACGUCUAGUCUUGCAACAGCUCACACUCGGUGCCAUCACAACACUUUCUGGCAGGUUGUUCCAUGUGUUCACAAUUCUCAUUCCUAAAAAGUUAGCCUUCACUGAGAUUUGCAAGUCUAGCAAACGAUGCUACAAUUGUGUAAUUAAAUAUUUAACAAAUAUUUCUAGGGUAUCUAAAUGUUAAAAGAUAUCAAAUAAAACUUUUUGAGCAUCAUUUACAGUGUAAUGGUCCUGAUUGGACUCUUAUGGGAAUUAAUUCCCCUUUAUAAGUGGUUUCACUAUCAGUGUUUUUUCUGGUCACUAUUAACCAUGGGUGAUGAGGACCCCCUGUACCUGGAUAGCUGAUAAUACACGGUGUUAUGAUGUGUACUUAUUCCAUAGUUAUAAUAAGAUGUGAUCUAAAUCCUCCGUAAUUUUUAUGAGGUGAAUAAUAUGUUAUACAGGUAUUACCAUUUAAUUUUCUUAUACUGUACAGUACUAAUGUACACUACUGUACUAACUGUUUGUCCUGUUGGUACGCCUGUAAGGUGUGAGAGCUACUUAUGCAAAUAAUGGUGAAAAAAUAUUUCUUAUGAGUUUUUUUUUUUUAAAGCAAUCCUGAUUAUAUUAGUAUGUUCAUCACAUUUCCUUUUGUUGAUAAAAAAUAUGGAGAUAAAAGUAUACUGUAUCAUAAUAGCAUUGGACUGUUAAUUUGGAUUCUUCAGGUAAGAAAUUAUUGGACACCUUCAAACACCACUUUCAUUUUAACUGGUUCUGUAUUGUAUCUUUUUGUUUUUCAUUUCUAUUUAAUGAUUUUACAGAAUGUAUCAAUUUUAUGUUACAUUUUUCCUGCUUUAUAUACCAGAUAAUAUUAGGAUUUGAAAGUUCCAACUUACUUAUUAAUACACGAAUAGAUUACAGUACUUUGUUAAAGUAGCUGAUUUUUAGUGAUCAUCUAAGCAUACGGUAUAUUGAAUAUCUCUAUUAAGUGCAAUUGUCAUGUGAUUAUGCUACAGUGAAAACUUAAAAAUGCUUUGGACUCUGUUACAUGAUCACCCUCUGACACCCUCUCUCUGGGACAAAAGAUAAAAGUGGUCAGGCUAAACUGUUGUCAGAAAUUUUGACAACAUGCACAACGUUUACUAAAAAAAUCAAUGCCAGUUUCCUUAAAACUCCCAGUUACUUAAAACCUUAUUCUCAUAAACAACUCUUACCAGUAUCUUUCAGGAUACAGCAUACAGGAAAUUUAGUGGGACAUACUGUACUGUAGACAAGGUCAUUUUUCAAUAUACUGUAAUGACCUUAUCAGAAAAUUAUCAGUGCUGCAUAUUCACAGGGAUAUAAUAUUGUUUCCUUCCUUUAUAAAUAAUUUGAAAGUCACUGCUUUGCUAAGCUACAUUUGAUAUUGCCAUAACCAUACUUCUUCCAUUAAUGCAUGACUGUAUCUGGGGAUAAUUCCUUUUCUGUCACAAUGUUUUUUUCCUGUGCCAUAUAAUUCCAUUUAAUCAAGGUAUUCUACUUCAAAUAUCUUUGGCAAUUGGCAAAGAAACACUUCUGUGAACAUAUUUGUCAAUGAAACUUAUUUGGUGUCAUCCUAUACUUUUGUUUGCUAAAAGAGUGGCAGUGAUGUCCGAAAAUGUUAUUUAGUGCUUCAUAAUGUCCUGCUGAGAAAACUUCAGUAAACUUUAUGCCAAUUACGAGUAAAAUGAAGCAAAAUUGACUUGGUGUGGUAUGAAUUUAGCUCCAACUUCUGAGAUGUUGACAUAAUUUGGUAUAUGUACUUACUUACUUUUACUUUACUUCAAAUUUAUUUUAUUUAUUUUAUUUUCUAUACUCCUGUACUUGCUUCAUAUAUUUUCUAAGUCAUUAUUCUUUUCUUUACUUCAAUUCUUAUUUCAUAUAUAUUAUUGUAUUUUCUGAAUUUCAUGUCCUUACUUUCUCUCAAUUAUUAGCCCAAACGGCUAACGAGCCGAUGAGUGGUGAAGAGGAAAUAAGUAAACGGAAGACAUUUCUAUCAGUUGCUAGGUUCACUAAUGGGAUUAUGCCAUAUGGCUACAGUGUUUGACCCCUAUCCUUAGGUUUAUUUCCUGGGGCACCCCCAGUUCACUCAGAUGUGCAAAGGAUACUUUAGUACUUCACAGCUGUGGAAGUGAAGGCAGUUUAAUGCAGUGCUAGACACACUUGCCUUCUUGUCUUCUAAAGACUUUGUAUUUUCACUAUCCUAAUAUACCAUCAGGUGUAUGGGACCUGGACCCACUCACAUUGUCCAGAAGAGUUUUUUAACUUGAGGCAAGCUAAUAAAUAGAAAAUUCCACAUAUAAUUGUUUUAAUUUUGCUGUAAUGUACAGUAUUAAUUUUAACUUCAUUUAGUUUACAAAUAAUUAUUAAUGAAAAGACCAUAAAUCAAUUUGUUCUGCAUGUGAGACUGGACCUAACAGUUGAGCUAAGAUAAACAAGUGGCAUUUUUUUUAAUACAGUGUACUGUACUGUACUUCUCAACAAAUGAAAUGACAUUUUCCAGAGUGAGUAACUACCCAGCAAACCACAGCCAUGGUAGUACAGUAUUGACUAAUUAUGAGGGUACUAUUGUGAGUAACUCCCAUUGGUUUUACUCAUUAGUAAUAAUGUAUAGAACUUGCAUUAAAUGGCCAUCCCUAACUUUUUGUAUACAGUAUACAAUAUUGUAUACUGUAGUAUUUGGUCCAGGAAAACACAGACUACGUUUACCAGUUUAUUGGUGUGGCUAGGAGAACUGUGCUCUAGCACGGAGCGAGAGUGAGUGGCCGUUCCAAGGCCGCCCACGAGUACAGUAUAUACUAAAUACCGGCUGACUGAACGAAGAUGUCUCGGCUUAAAUCUCGAACCAAGUUUAACCACAUCAGCCAGCCGCCUCAACAACAGUUACAUGAGCAGAAUGGCUAGUUACAACAAUUUAGGCAUCUGUUAACUAUAUUACACUGCAUUAUAUUACAUAAUUACAUUAUAUUAUAUUAUUCUUCAUUCGCUAAAAUACUAUACAAUACAGUACUGUAUAUCAUCACUCAGGGGAUGGAUGCUGAUGUGUAUGGCAGAAUCACUUCCAAGAAUAUGACACAUAUCACACUUAUUUUUUGAGUUAGUAAGAGGAACAUUCCUCUCCAGAAUUAAGGUGAGAAUUAUAGGAUAUCUUUAACAAUAAUCAUAUGUUGUGAUGAUGUAUUUUUCAUUCAUUAAGUUACAUUUAGUUGAUAACAAUAAAAUUACUUAUAGCA